AUUAUUCGUGAGGCAGUUUGACCCUCUUGGUUUUCUGUCCAGUCCUUUUGAUAGGCUAGUAUAAGAGCAUCUGUAGAAAACGUUUUGAUUAAGCGGCGAUUUAAAUCAAGUUUAUACUUUCACAAUGACCUGCGUGUGUGUGGAGCCGUUACUAGAGUCAGAGCCGUGAACGAACGAAUGUAGGUUGUCAUCAGAUCUGCACGGUAAUGCAGAGUCGGUGCUUGCGCUGUUGCUGUGGUUACAGUGAUCCCGUGAGACAUGCCUGCAAAAUGGGACCACCGCACACGCGUGGGAGCUGCUAUCGAUCAGCAAUUAUCAGAAGCGCCUAGGAUUGCACCGCAGCCUUUCACAAGAAGGCUGAACACCAUUACUCAUGCAGUUCCAGAUUUUGUGCUGGUAUGGGAGGAGAGCUUGGAGGAACAAGAGCCCAAGGAUACCCUGAUCCCCAGAGAAGAGCAAAAAGAUAAGAAGGCUCUGUGCAAGGAGAAGUGGAGAAAGACAUUCCUGUUUAAUCUCUGCAGGGCUGGCUUGAGGACGGAGGAGGAAGUCACUACGAGUGCAAAGGAGAAGAUCCAUUACUUUAAAAUCAGCGCUCCCUUUGAGGUUCUGGGUUUCUACGCUGAAGAGCUCCGAAUGUUGUGCCCUCUUAAGGUUUGUUCUCGCGUCUACGAGCCCACCACUCUGAAACUGUUGAGGAAGCUCGGGCUCCCGAACCCCUUCUACGAGAACGUGCCCAACCAGCCCCCAAACUUCUACAUGUGCCCCUUCAGCCGGGCCAGGUUCAAGAGGUUUCACGGCAGUAAAAAUCCAGAGACUUUCUUCACCGCCACACAGAGGCAGAGAAUAGUGUACGAGGUGUUAAGAAGAACUCCCUAUGGGAAAGGGAGGAGUGACCAGAUUGGAAUAAACAAAUUGCUGAACAGAUUGGUGUUCUCAGCUGCCUAUCCUCUUCAUGAUUGUCCCGACAUCCUGCCCGAUCUCACUGUCCCACCAGAGCAGCUGAACAGCAGGCAGAUCCUGGGCCACUACUGGGCAAACUGGUGGAAGUGGUACAAGUACCAGCCUGUGGAGCACAUCCGACACUACUUCGGAGAGAGGGUGACUUUCUACUUUGUGUGGCUAGGUUUUUACACCUCCUGGCUGGUACCUGCUUCCCUGGUGGGGAUCCUGGUCUUCAUAUACGGAGCACUUAACGUCUCCAGUGACAUCCCAGUGGCUGAGCUGUGUGAGAGCGGGGACACCUUUAAGAUGUGCCCCCUUUGUGACAACUGCGAGAUCUGGAGCCUGUCCAUUGCUUGUAAACUGACUAAGUUGAGCUACUUGUCUGACCACCCGGGCACCGUGCUGUACAGCGUCUUCAUCUCCUUCUGGGCAGUGCUGUUCCUGGAGGCCUGGAAGAGGAAGAGCAAGUCCUUGAGUUACCACUGGAACAGCACCAGCAUGGGCUACGAGGAGGAGCCUGUGCUCCCCGAAUAUGCAGCACUGGCGCCCCGGACCGGCCUGCACGAACCCUACCUCCCCCUCAAGACUCGAUUCCCGCGCAUCUUCACAGCCUAUUCCGUCGUCGCAAUGAUGCUGACUGUGGUCCUCAUCUAUCUCGUGGCCAUCAUCAUAUAUCGCAGCAUUGUCACCGUUGUUCUGUUCCGGUCUGAAAUCACAGUGCUGAAAACACAGGCCGCUAUGAUCGCUGGAACGAGCGGAGCUGUGGUGCAACUAAUCCUGAUUGUAAUUAUGGAGCGGGUCUACACAGGGCUGGCAGUGCAGCUCACACACUGGGAGACCCCCCGCACCCAGUCCCAGUAUGAAGACUCCUUCUCUUUCAAAGUCUUCGUGUUUCAGGUGGUGAACCUCUACUCCUCUUCCGUCUACGUGGCUUUCUUCAAAGGCAGGUUUAUAGGCUACCCUGGGCAUUACGGACACCUCAUGCAGGUCCGAAACGAAGAGUGCGGCCCAGGGGGGUGUCUGGUGGAACUGACCCAGCAGCUGAUAGUCAUCAUGAUCGGGAGACAGAUUCUGAGUAACAUCACGGAGCUGGCUGUCCCGAAGCUCCGAUCCUACCUGCUGAGACGGAGGACCGGGCUGACUGACCACAGCCUGGAGCAGCCCUGGGAGCAGGACUUCAAGCGGGACGGGUUUGAUGGGCUGCUCCCGGAGUACCUGGAGAUGGUGCUGCAGUUCGGCUUCAUCACGAUCUUCGUGGCAGCCUUUCCGCUCGCCCCUCUCUUCGCUCUGAUCAAUAACUGGAUGGAGAUCCGGCUGGACGCGCGCAAGCUGCUGCUGGACGUGCGGAGGCCCGUCGCGGAGAAGGCUCACAACAUCGGAGUGUGGUUCAGCAUCCUGGAGGUGCUGGCCAAGCUGUCUGUCAUCAGCAACGCAGUCCUGAUAACGUUCAGCUCCGAGUUCCUCCCGCGCAUGCUCUACAAGAUCAGCCACGACGGGGACCUGAGAGGCUACGUCAACUUCUCGCUGGCAUACGCUCCCCUGGACUACACCGACACCCACAACAGCACCGCGUGCAGGUACCGGGCGUUCCUCAGCGCCUCUGGGGACUCUACGCUGUUCUCCUGGAGGCUGCUGGCCAUGCGUCUGGGUUUCAUGGUCAUGUUUGAGCACGUGGUCCUGACGGUUCAGUGUCUGAUUGACUGGCUGGUGCCGGACGUCCCGCUGUCUGUAGAGAUGCGCUUGAAGCAGGAGCAGCACAUCAGCAGGAACCUGCAGGGGGAGGAGCCCUGGAUACCCACACAGAAGCGGGACGACAGGGGUGUCUCGUCGAGCUCCGAGACGGAAGUGUAGGGCUGGGUCUGUCUGCAGCUCCCAUUGCAGCCCGAAUGAAAGAAACUCCUCAGCCACUGCCAGAGCUAGCUGUACUUCUGAUUUAUAAAAGACAUAUCAAUGUUUGUAUUCGUUUUUUCUUUCUUUUUUAUAUAUAUAUAUAUAUAAUUACUAAAGGGUGAUAUACAGCGGUCAUCCUAAUGCAGCGAUUCUCAACCCCGGUCCUGGGGACCCUUGUCCUGCUGGUUUUUGUUCCAACCGAGCCCUCAAUUACUUAAUUGAACCCUUAAUUGAACUAUAAUUUGCCUAAUCUGAGCUUUUUAAUUAUUUUAAACAGUUGGAGGUUCCAAGUUAAAUAUAAAAUUAUAUAAGCAACUUGAAUUCUCCAACUUUUUGUAAGCUAAUCAAUUAAGCAAUUAAGGACAGCGUAAUUCAACCAAGAACACACCACAAGCAGGCUGGUUCAGAUUUCUUUAAACGUUUUUAUUUGGAGUACGAAAAAUGUCCAUUCACGGCUGUGACCGAUGGAGUUGCAUAUUUCCUCCAGCAGGUAUUCCCUUUAAAGCCAGCAGUGUUCUUUUUAUGUUUUUUUUUUUUUCAUAUCCUUCUUUUUAAACAAUCUAGUAUUUAAUUACACCCUUCCUCAAUCAUCCCCUUUCUUUAUUCAUCAAUUUUGCAUUUAACAUGGCAAAACCGACUGACCUAGCAGAAACGAAAAAAAAAAAAAAAACACUACAAAAGAGAGAGCUGAUCGUUCUAUUUUAAAAUGUAUUACAAAAAUCAAACUGAAAUAUAUAUAUACUGUUGUCAUUUUUUUUGUUUUAGUUUGGUGUUGCACGUUUGUUUUCUACGACCAAAAAAAAAAAAAAAGCUGAGACAUCAGGACCUGAAUUCAGUGCAAUGGUGGCAUCAACAUGACCCAGAGAACAUAUAAAUAAGACAUCGAUUUCAACACAAAAACAAACACACACACCCCAGUGUAACACUUUAUAAAAGAAAGGCUUCUGCCUCUCCCCAGAGACGGGCGCUCCCACUUCAUAGCAUCUUUGAUCCAUUCCGGAUUUAACUGUAACCUGAUCCACACGCUAGAAAUACAAAAUAAAACUUGAAAA